GUCCAUGUGAGCACCUUAGAAAUCAGUCUGAAUGCGAGGAGAGAGGCUGGGCAGGUCCGCUUCGCACACAAUUCUCCGUUGACAUCCUCCGACAACGGCUCUCGACUGGAGGCCGAAGCGGGACCUCAGUCAGAGAACGCGCGGCGAUGCCCCUCGCACCUCCGUCGGCGACAAUGUCCGAGUUUCUCCUGGUCUUUCUCGCCAUUCUGGGAUUCGGGGAUAUAUACCGCUCACACGCUCAAGCGCCCGGGGUCGGAGCAUCAGAAACAGAGGCCAUCUUGUGUGAUGUGGGGGAGUUUCUGUGUCACGACCAGGUGACCUGUGUGUCUGAGAGCUGGCUGUGUGAUGGAGAGCCCGACUGCCCGGACGACUCGGACGAGACCCUGGACCAGUGUGCGGCAGAGGUGAUUGUACGGUGUCCACUGAACCACAUACAGUGCAUCGGCACGAGAAAGUGCAUCCACUUCAACAAGCUCUGCAACGGAGCAAAAGACUGCCCAGAUGGCUUCGAUGAAGGAGUGCAUUGUAGAGAGUUGUUGUCGGCGUGCCAUGAGCUCCAUUGUCGCUAUGGCUGCAUCAUGAUGCGGAACGGAACCUUCUGCUUCUGUGCAGACGGCUUUGAGGUCGGAGACGACGGCAAGAGCUGUAGAGAUCAUGAUGAGUGUGCGGUGUACGGGUCGUGUAGUCAGUCCUGUACCAACACCUACGGCUCCUACAGAUGUGGCUGCUCAGACGGCUACGCCCUGCAGGCAGACAGCAGGUCCUGCACAGCCAAACACGAGCCUGGGGGGACGCCUCCCGUGCUCCUGCUGGGGAUGACGGACAGCGUGUCUGUGGCCCACAUGGACGGCUCGUUACCGCAGGCCCUGCGGCGGCUGGACGGGAACGGGACGUGCGGUCUGGACUUCAACGGCGAGGAGGAGACGGUGUGCUGGGUGACGUCUGGCGAGUCGGGAGGGAGGUUACGCUGCGGACGACUGAAGAAGCUGAGCGGAGUCUGGGGAGAGAGGGAGGUCAAGAUCACGCAGAGCCUGCACAAUGUGGAGCAGAUGGCUAUCGAUUGGUUCACGGGAAACAUGUAUUUCAUGGACCGCGUGAACGACAGGAUAUUCGCCUGCAACGCGGCCGGAGACACCUGUGUGACCAUCAUCGACGUGGACCUGGUCAACCCGAAAAGCAUGGCGCUGGACCCAUCUGUCGGGAUGCUGUUCUUCACGGACUACGGAAGCGUGGGCAAGGUGGAGAGAUGCAACAUGGACGGCACCAACAGGACUCGCAUUGUGGAUUACAAAAUAGAGCAGCCCACGGCCCUGGCUCUGGACCUGGUCCGGAAGCUGGUGUACUGGGCCGACGCCUACUUGGAUUAUAUCGAGGUGGUGGAUUACAACGGCAAGAACAGGCUGACCAUCAUGCACGGGACACAGGUGUCCUACGUGUAUGGAUUAACAGUCUUCGAGAACUACCUCUACGCUGCACACGCGGACGGCGGUAAAGGAACGCCCGUCGACAUAUUACGGAUAAACCGCUUCAACGUCACAGACCCAGAGAUUCUGACCAGCGCGGGGAACUCCAGGAUAGUCCACGUAUAUCACAAGCUCCGGCAGCCGAAAGUCAGGAGUCACGCGUGUGAGGUGGACCCGUACGGGAGACCCGGGGGCUGCUCCCAGAUGUGCCUGCUGAGCGGAAGCUACAAGUCACGCAGCUGCCGAUGCAGAGUGGGCUUUAACCUGGGCGGAGACGGGCAGUCCUGCAAACGGCCUAAAAGCGACCUGUUCCUCUUCUAUGGCAAGGGCCGUCCGGGCAUCAUCCGAGGCCUGGGCAUGAGUGCCAAGGCGUCCACCACCACUGAGCACAUGGUGCCCGUGGAGGACCUGGUGAACCCGCGGGCGCUGGACUACCACGCCGAGACCGGACACGUCUACUUCGCCGACACCACCAGCUUUCUCAUUGGACGGCAGAAGAUCGACGGGAGUGGUCGGGAGACCAUCCUCAAUGAAGACCUGGAUAAUGUGGAGGGCAUCUCGGUGGACUGGAUUGGGAAUAACCUGUACUGGACCAACGACGGCUACAGGAAAACCAUCAGCGUGGCCCGGCUGGAACGGGCGGCGGAGACCAGGAAGACGCUACUGGAGGGGGACAUGUCUCACCCACGCGCCAUCGUGGUGGACCCACUCAAUAGCUGGAUGUACUGGACGGACUGGGAGGAGGACGAGGUCAACGACAGCAUCGGGCGCAUAGAGAAGGCCUGGAUGGAUGGCUCCAACAGGAAGAUCUUCGUCACCUCCAACAUGCUCUGGCCCAAUGGCCUGACGCUGGACCACGGCACCAGUUCCAUGUACUGGUGCGACGCCUACUACGACCACAUAGAGAGGAUAUACCUCAAUGGCACCGGCAGAAUGGUGGUGUACAAUGGCAAGGAGCUGAAUCACCCGUUUGGGAUCUCCCAUUACCGCAGCUCCAUCUUCUGGACGGAGUACAUGAACGGCUCCAUCUUCCAGCUGGACCUGAACUCUGGAGACGUCAACCUCCUGAGGAGCGAACGGCCGCCACUCUUCGGCCUUCGUGUGUUCGAUGCACAGGCUCAGAUCGGUGACAAUGCCUGCAGGGUGAAUUAUGGGGGCUGUAGUACUCUGUGCCUGUCCAUCCCAGGGGGCCGCGUGUGUGCCUGUGCAGACAACCAACAACUGGAUAAAAACAAUGUCACCUGCUCAGCGUCGUCAGGGGAAGCGGCGGUUCCUCAGAGGUGCCAUAGCGACGAGUUCCAGUGUGGCAACCAGCGCUGCAUCCGCACUUCCUGGAAGUGUGACGGCGACGACGACUGUCUAGACGGAAGCGACGAGGACCCGAAUGUCUGCUACAACCACAGCUGUCCCCUGGACCAGUUCAAGUGCCCGACUAAUCGCUGCAUCCCCAAGAGGUGGCUCUGUGACGGGACGGAUGACUGCGGUGACGGCGAGGACGAGUCCAACGCCACCUGCUCAGGGUCUCGCCCGUGCCAGCCGGGUCAGUUUUCCUGCUCCAACGGCCGCUGCAUCCCGGAGGUGUGGCGCUGUGACCGAGAGGACGACUGCGGGGACAAAUCUGAUGAGAUGACCUCAUGCGCGUUUCCUACCUGUGAGCCCCUCACCCAGUUCACCUGUAGCAACGGCAGGUGCAUCAGUGUCAAAUGGCACUGCGACGCAGACGAUGACUGUGGAGAUGGGAGCGAUGAGGUGGGCUGUGCCCAGUCCUGCUCCAACACUCAGUUCCGCUGCACCAGCGGCCGCUGCAUACCCAAUAACUGGGCCUGCGACGGGGACAACGACUGUGGAGACUUCAGCGAUGAAAACGCAACGUGUUCCGGAGCAGUGCCUGCCUUGCCCCCUAUGGUGGUGGAGUGCAGCACUGAGGAGUUUCAUUGCCGUGCCGAUGAGACCUGCAUUCCGGAACGCUGGCGUUGUGACGGCGAUAAAGACUGCGAGGACGGCAGUGACGAGACCAACUGCCAGGGCACCCGGCGCAUGUGUGACCCCAUGGCCAAGUUUACCUGCAAGGGCACAGGGAAGUGCAUCAGCAAGAGCUGGGUGUGUGACGGUGACAGUGACUGUGAGGAUCGCUCAGACGAAGAGUCCUGUAGCGAAGCCAGCUGCAAGCUCCCCGGCCACCCCUGCGCCAACGACACCUCCUCCUGCCUGCCCCCCGAGAAGAUCUGCGACGGAAGGAGGGACUGUGCUGACCAGUCUGACGAAGGGCCCUUCUGUGAGAAGUGUCGUCAGGCCAACGGAGGCUGCAGCCACCAGUGCGGUGUGAUCCCAGGCAAGGGGGCGGUGUGCUCCUGCCCCACCGGACUCCAUCUUGGCUCCGACAACCGCAGUUGCGAAGUGGUGGACUACUGCAGCAAGCACCUGAAGUGCAGCCAGCGCUGCGAGCAGCAGAAGACGGUGGUGAAGUGCUCCUGCUACCCAGGAUGGAGCCUGGGCCCGGACGGAGAGAGCUGCUACAGCACAGAUCCCUUUGAGGCGUUUAUCAUCUUCUCCAUUCGGCAUGAGAUCAGACGUAUCGACCUCCACAAGCGUGACUACAGCCUGCUGGUACCCGGCCUGAGGAACACCAUCGCCCUGGACUUCCACUUCAACCAGAGCCUGCUGUACUGGACAGACGUGGUGGAGGACAAGAUAUACAGGGGGAAGCUGUCCGACGCAGGAGGAGUGACAGGUAUCGAGGUGGUGGUGCAGCAUGGCUUAGCCACCCCUGAGGGUCUGGCUGUGGACUGGCUGGCGGGGCACCUGUACUGGAUCGACAGUAACCUGGACCAGAUCGAGGUGGCCAAGCUGAACGGGGAGAUGAGGACCACGCUCAUCGCUGGGGGCAUGGAACACCCCAGGGCCAUCGCAGUAGACCCAGGGGAGGGAAUCCUCUUCUGGACUGACUGGGACGCUACGUUCCCUCGUAUCGAGGCAGCCUCCAUGAGUGGCAGUGGAAGGCACGUGGUGUUCCGAGACAUGGAGAUCGGAGCCUGGCCCAACGGUCUCACACUGGACCAUCAGGAGAGGAGGAUGGUGUGGACUGACGCUCGCUCCGAUGCCAUUUACUCGGCCAUGUACGACGGCUCUGGGGUCAUCGAGAUCCUGCGAGGUCACGAGUUCCUGUCGCACCCCUUCGCCGUGUCCCUGUUCGGUGGCAGCGUCUUCUGGACGGACUGGCGCACCAACACGCUGGCGCGCGCCAACAAGUGGACGGGACACAACGUCACCGUCAUCCAGAAGACCAGCGCCCAGCCCUUUGACCUACAGAUCUACCACCCCAGCAGGCAGCCACAGGCUUCCAACCCGUGUGAGGCUAACGGUGGCAAGGGUCCGUGUUCACACCUGUGUCUGAUCGACUACAACCGCACGGCCUCCUGCACCUGCCCUCACCUGAUGAAGUUGGCACCCAACAAGCGCUCCUGUACCCCGUUGAAGAAGUUCCUUCUCUACCUGAGGCGGACGGAGAUCCGCGGCGUGGACCUGGAGAACCCGUACCUGAACAUCAUGACGGCGCUGACGGUGCCCGACAUCGACGAGGUGACGGUGGUGGACUUUGACGCCCAGGAGGAGCGCAUCUACUGGGCCGACGUCAAGACCCAGACCAUCAAGAGGGCCUUCAUCAACGGCACCGCCCUGGAGACCGUCAUAUCGGGAGAUAUUGUAAACUGCCGGGGCCUUGCCAUAGACUGGCUGUCAAGGAACAUGUACUGGCUGAGCUCGGAGAACGAUGAGACGCAGAUCAAUGCAGCCCGUCUGGACGGCUCGUUAAAAGCCACCGUAGUCCAUGGCAUUGACAAGCCGCGCUGCCUUGCAGUGCACCCCACUAAAGGUAAGAUCUACUGGACGGAUGGCAGUACCAUCAACAUGGCCAACAUGGAUGGCAGCAAUAGGAAGGUGCUGCAUCAGAACCAGAGAGACCCGGUUGGCCUGUCCAUAGACUACUCCUCCAGUAAGUUGUACUGGAUCAGUUCUGCCAAUGGGACCAUCAACAGAUGCAGUCUGGAUGGCAGCAGCUUUGAGGCCAUGGAGAGCAUGAAGAGGGAGCUGACCAAAGCCACCGCCCUGGCCGUCAUGGGGGGCAGGCUGUGGUGGGCAGAUGAUGACCUGGCUCAGCUGGGGACGGUUGCCAAGAGGGACGGCCGCAACAUGGUGGUGCUGAGGAACAAGACCAACGGGGUGCUCCACAUGAAGGUGUAUGACAGAGACGUGCAAAAAGGGAAGAACCCGUGUCAGGUGAACAAUGGAGGCAGCGCUCAGCUCUGUCUGCCCACCUCGGAGAACUCCCGCAGCUGUGCCUGCACUGUGGGCUACAACCUGCGCACAGACCGCAUGUCCUGUGAAGGUGUGGGGUCGUUCCUGAUGUACUCUGUGCAUGAGGGGGUUCGGGGCAUCUCUCUGGACCCCGCCGACGCCUCCGAGACACUCAUGCCCGUCACUGGCACACUCUUCGCAGUGGGAGUGGACUUCCAUGCAGCCAACGACACGAUCUACUGGACGGAUAUGGGCAUGAACCGCAUCUCUCGAGCCAAGCGAGACCAGACGUGGCGGGAGGACAUCAUCACCACGGGCAUCAGCAGGGUGGAGGGCAUCGCUGUGGACUGGAUAGCAGGCAACAUCUACUGGACGGACCAUGGGCUGAAUCUGAUCGAGAUUGCGCGCCUGAAUGGCCUCUAUCGCUCGGUGGUCAUCUCAGAGGGCCUGGAUCAACCCAGGGCCAUCGCCGUUCAUCCACAGAGGGGGUACCUCUUCUGGACUGAGUGGGGGAAGAACCCGUGUAUUGGCAGGGCUCGAUUGGAUGGAUCAGACCAGGUUACCAUGGUCACCACUGGCAUUGGCUGGCCCAAUGGCAUAUCCAUCGACUUCGAGGAUAACCGAUUAUACUGGUGCGACGCCCGCACCGACAAGAUCGAGCGCAUCAACCUGGAAACGGGUGAGAAUCGGGAGGUGGUGCUGGCGGCCGCUAACGUGGACCUGUUCUCCGUGGCCGUGUUCGGGGCGUACCUGUACUGGUCCGACAGGGCCCAUGCCAACGGCUCCAUCCGGCGGGGCUCCAAGCGAGACGGCUCGGACGUCGUCACCCUGCGCAGCGGCCUGGGAGUCAACCUGAAGGACGUCAAAGUCUUUAGCCGCGCCCGGGAGAAAGGAACUAACCCGUGUGCGCGCAGCAACGGCGGCUGCCAGCAGCUGUGCUUCCACCUGGGCAGCGGGCGGCGCACCUGUGCCUGUGCGCACGGCUUCCUGGCGGAGGACGGCUUCGCCUGCCAGCGCUACGAGGGCUACCUGCUCUACUCGGAGCGCACCAUCCUCAAGAGCAUACACCUGUCGGACGAGAGCGACCUCAACCAGCCCCUGCAGCCGUUUGAGAACCAGGCCUUCUUCAAGAACGUCAUCGCCCUGGCGCUGGACUACCGGCAGGACUCUGGGGCGGGGAGCAACCGGAUCUUCUUUAGCGAUGUUCACUACGGGACCAUACAGGUGGUCAACGACGACUGGACAGGCAGGAGUGUCAUCGUCGACAAUGUGGGUUCAGUGGAGGGCCUGGCCUACCACCGUGCGUGGGACACCGUCUACUGGACCAGCUCCACCACCUCCAGCAUCAGUCGACACAGCGUGGACCAGCGACGCCACGGGGCUUUCACCCGGCAGGCUGUUGUCACCAUGUCCGAGGACGACCACCCGCACGUGCUCGCUCUGGACGAGUGUCAGAACCUGAUGUUCUGGACCAAUUGGAACGAGCAGCGUCCCAGCAUCAUGCGCUCCACUCUGGCCGGCAACAACAUCCAGGUGAUCGUGGGCGCCGACAUCUUCACGCCCAACGGCCUGACCAUCGACCACAAGGCGGAGAAGCUGUACUUCUCAGACGGCAGCCUGGGCAAGAUCGAGAGGUGUGAAUAUGACGGCUCCAACAGACAGGUGAUUGUGCGCUCCGCCCCCGGGACGUUCUUCGGCCUGGCCAUCUAUGGCGACUAUAUCUUCUGGUCCGACUGGGCGCGGCGGGCCGUGCUGCGCUCCAACAAGUUCACCGGAGGGGAGACCAAAGUGCUGAGAGCAGACAUCCCCCACCAGCCCAUGGGCAUCAUCGCUGUGGCCAAAGACACCAACAACUGUGCCAUGUCUCCUUGCCGGGUCCUGAAUGGUGGUUGCGGUGACCUUUGCCAUCUGACCCCCAGCGGGGUGGUGAACUGCAGCUGCAGAGGAGAGCGCCUCCUGCUGGACGACAACAGAUGUGUCUCUGAGAACUCCUCCUGCAAUAUCCACGCCGAGUUCGAAUGUGGAAACGGAGAAUGCAUCGACUACCAGCUCACCUGUGAUGGCAUAGCCCACUGCAAAGACAAGUCAGAUGAGAAAAUGCAAUAUUGUGACAACAGAAAUUGCAGGAGGGGGUUCCGGCCCUGCUACAACAGGCGCUGCGUGGCCAACAGCCGCUUCUGCGACGGUGCGGACGACUGCGGAGACAACUCAGACGAGGCCUUCUGCAACAAUGCCACGUGUGCGUCGUCUGAGACCUCCUGUCAGGACGGAUCCUGUAUCCCCAGCUCCUCCUGGUGCAACCAGCUCAUCGACUGUGUCGACGCCUCCGAUGAGAAGAACUGCAACAACACAGAGUGUUCUGACUUCUUCAGGCUGGGUGCAGCAGAGCAGGGCUUCGUGAGCUGCAACUCCACCUCCCUGUGUGUGCACCCUUCCUGGAUCUGCGACGGCGCCAACGACUGUGGAGACUACGCUGACGAGACCAACUGCCAGGUUACCCAGGGCAGUAAGUGUGAGGAGGGCCACUUCGCCUGCCCCAGUGGAAACUGCAUCUCCAGCGUGUGGCUGUGUGACGGCCAGAAGGACUGUGAAGACGGAGCAGACGAAUUCCAGUGUGACUCCUCCUGCCUUUGGAACCAGUUUGCCUGUUCCAAGAACAAGUGUAUUGCCAAGCAGUGGCUCUGUGACGGGGAGGACGACUGUGGCGACGGCAUUGACGAGAGCGAGGAGAUGUGUGGCUCGGUGACGUGUGCUCCUGGCCUGUUUAACUGCCCCGGUUCGUACGCCUGUGUGCCCAAGCGCUGGCUGUGUGAUGGGGAGAGGGACUGUCCCGAUGGCAGUGAUGAGCUGGCAGCAGCAGGAUGUGCCCCUAACAAUACCUGCGAUGAGAACUCUUUCCGCUGUCGAAACAAAGCUUGUAUUCCAAAGCGAUUCGUCUGUGAUCAUGACAACGACUGCGGUGAUGGCUCUGACGAGUCAGUGGAGUGUGCUUAUCGCUCUUGUGGUCCAGAGGAGUUUCGGUGUGCUGAUGGCCGGUGUCUGCUGAGUGCCCAGUGGGAGUGUGACGGCCACCCUGACUGCCCCGACCGCUCAGACGAACUGCCCCGCAACCUCAAAUGUCUGGCAGCCGAGAGUCUGUGCAACGGCUCCUUCUUCAUGUGCUCCAACGGCCGCUGCAUUGGCGAGAGCAGCCUGUGCGACCAGAAGGACGACUGUGGCGACCGCUCAGACGAGAGGAACUGCAACGUCAACGAGUGCCUCAACCGACGCAUCAGCGGCUGCACGCAGGACUGCCAGGACCUGCCUGUGGGAUACAAGUGUAAGUGUUGGCCAGGCUUCCGCCUGAAGAACGAUGGGAAGACGUGUGUUGACGUAGACGAGUGCACUUCCACGCUGCCCUGCAGUCAGACCUGUGUCAACACCUAUGGAUCCUACAAGUGCCUGUGUGUGGACGGCUAUGAGCCCAGCAAGACCAACCCAGACAGCUGCAAGUCCAUUUCAGCUGAGGAGCCUCUUCUCAUCCUCGCCGACCACCAUGAAAUCAGGAAGCUGAGCAUUGAUGGAUCUAACUACACACUGCUGAAACAGGGCCUGAACAACAUCAUCAGUAUAGACUUUGACUACAGGAAGGAGUUCAUCUACUGGAUCGACUCCACGCGACCCAGCGGCCGCAAGAUCAACAGGAUGCGACUGAACGGCAGCGACCUCAAGAUUGUGCACAGGACGGCUGUGCCCAGUUCUCUGGCGGUGGACUGGAUUGGGAAGAACCUUUACUGGUGUGAUGUGGAGAGGAAGACCCUGGAGGUGUCCAAGUCAAAUGGCCUCUACCCCACAGUCCUCGUCAGCUCCGGGAUCAGGAACCCCACCGACAUCGCCCUGGACUCUCAGAUGGGGUACGUGUUCUGGAUCGACUGCUGCGAGGGCUCGCAUAUCGGCCGCGUGGGCAUGGAUGGGAGUGGACAGGUGGUGAUCAUCGACAGAGAGAUCUAUAGCCCCUCUGGCCUAGCCAUCGACUACACCAACAAGCGCCUCUACUGGGCUGACGACAGCCACAUUCUCUUCGCCAACAUGGACGGCACUCACAGACACAAAGUGCCCCUGGAGCACAUCCAGAGUGUGACGGGCCUGACGCUGUUUGAGGACUUCAUCUACUGGACGGACAGCAAGUCCAAGUCUCUGCGGCGGGCACACAAGACCACAGGGGAGCACGGCGGAGAGCUGCUCAACUCAUGGCAGGCCAUCGAGUCCAUCACCGUCUACCACCCUCUACGCCAACCUGAAGUGUCCAAGCACCAGUGCCAAGUGGCUAACGGCGGCUGCAGCCAUUUGUGUCUGCUGUCUCCAGGCGGCUCCCACAGGUGUGCCUGUCCCACUAAUUUCUACCUGGCCGCCGACAACAAGACCUGCCUGUCCAACUGCACCGCCAGCCAGUUUCGAUGUGGGACAGAUGAGUGCAUCCCAUUCUGGUGGAAGUGUGACACGGUGGACGACUGUGGGGACGGAUCAGACGAGCCUGCAGACUGUCCGGAGUUUAAGUGCCAGCCAGGGCGUUUCCAGUGUGGCACGGGGCUGUGUGCCCUCCCGCCCUUCAUCUGCGACGGAGAGAACGACUGUGGAGACAACUCUGACGAGGCCAACUGCGACACCUACAUCUGUCUGACGGGCCAGUUUAAGUGCACCAAGAAGCAGAAGUGUAUCCCGCUCAACCUCCGCUGCAACGGCCAGGACGACUGUGGAGAUGGAGAGGACGAGACAGACUGUCCUGACAGCACCUGUUCGCCAGACCAGUUCCAGUGCAAGACCACAAUGCACUGCAUCUCCAAGCUGUGGGUGUGUGAUGAGGACCCAGACUGUGCUGAUGGAUCAGACGAGGCGAACUGCGAUGAGAAGACGUGUGGUCCUCAUGAGUUUCGCUGUGAGAACAACAACUGCAUCCCCGACCACUGGAGGUGCGACAGCCAGAACGACUGUGGAGACAACUCAGAUGAGGAGAACUGCAAGCCUGUGACCUGCAACCAUAAGGACUUCGCCUGUGCCAACGGUGACUGCAUCUCCUCGCGGUUCCGCUGUGAUGGCGACUAUGACUGCGUUGACAAUUCAGACGAGAAGGACUGUGAGACGCGGUGUGCAGAGGACCAGUUCCAGUGCCACAACAACCUGUGCAUCUCCCUCAAGUGGCUCUGUGACGGCCAGGAGGAUUGCAAGACCGGAGAGGACGAGAAGAACUGCCAGGAGACUGAAACAGCUGUCCCCUCCUGCUCCCUGAACGAGUAUGUGUGUGCCAGCGGGGGCUGUGUCCUGGCCAGCCUGAGGUGCGACGGACACGACAACUGCAUGGACGGAUCUGAUGAGAGGGAUUGUGUGAAGGAAUGCAAGGAGGAGGAGUUCCUGUGUAGAAACCACGCCCACUGCAUUCCGAAACGAUGGCGAUGUGACGACGUCUUCGACUGUGUGGAUCACAGCGAUGAGGAAAACUGUGAAAACGGAGCAUUCUUCUGCCGGCCUGAUGAGUUCAUCUGCAACAACACGCUGUGUAAGCUGCACGCCUGGGUGUGUGACGGAGAGGACGACUGCGGAGACAACUCUGACGAGAGCACUGACAUGUGUGCCAAGCUGCCGUGCCCCCCCACUAGGCCUUUCAAGUGCAGGAACGGCCGCGUGUGUCUGCGCUCAGACCAGCUUUGCAACAAAGUGGACGACUGUGGGGACAACUCAGAUGAGGACGAAUGCGAAGCGAUAUCGGCGCGUCCCAAACCGUGUGGCAAACUGGAAUUAACAUGUGGUAACCAGAGAUGCGUCCCAAUUCAACUGCAGUGUGAUCUCUUUGACGACUGCGGAGACGGCACAGACGAGAGAGACUGCAAAGCCAUCUCGAGUGGUGAUCUAUGUGGCAAAAGGACCAACCCGUGUGGAGAGGAUGCUAUCUGUAAUCAGACCAACAGCAGUGCAAUUUGUCAGUGCAAGCCGGGCUUCCACAGAGACCAGAACAGCAAGCAGUGUGAGGAAAUUGAUGAGUGUUUGCAGUUUGGCACUUGCUCUCAUUAUUGCACUAAUACGAAAGGCUCAUAUAAGUGCACUUGUGACCGUAACUUUAAGGAGAUCAAUGGAAUCUGUGUAGCGAAAGGACCAGAGGACCGGGUGCUCUACAUUGCUAAUGACACUGAAAUCCGAAGUUUUGUCUAUCCGUUUAACCAGAGCCACGGGCACAAACUGCUCGCCCGCAUCGAAGAUAACGCCCGCAUCAUUGGCAUGGACGCUCUGUUGCACCAGCAAAAGUUUAUCUGGGCCACCCAGUUUAACCCGGGUGGACUCUUUUACAGGGAUAUCUCUGACAAGAGUCAAGUUAAGACUAAUGUCGGGAUCAUAUGUUCAGACUUCAGAAGGCCCAGGGACGUGGCGGCAGACUGGGUAACGGGCAACAUCUAUUGGACGGAUCACUCACGGAUGCACUGGUUCAGCUAUUACACGACCCACUGGACCAAGCUGCGAUACUCGAUUAACGUGGGACAGCUGAAAGGGCCCAACUGCACACGGCUGAUAACGGACAUCGCAGGAGAACCGUACGCCAUCGCGGUCAACCCAGACAGAGGGAUGAUGUACUGGUCGGUGAUUGGUGAUCGGUCACACAUAGAGGAGUCUGCGAUGGAUGGCUCUAUGCGGAGGGUACUGCUGGAUAAGAGGCUACGAAGGCCCACAGCCCUGGCCAUUGACUACUUCAACCAGCGUCUGUACUGGGCUGAUGCAGAGCUGGCCUCCAUUGGCAGCGUGCGCUUCGAUGGAUCAGACCCCCAGGAGUCAAUUGGAGGACAACAUGGGAUCGCCAACCCGUACCGCAUCGAUCUGUUUGAGGACUUCAUCUACGGCACGAGUCUGAAGAACGAGGUGUUUAGGAUCCACAAGUACGGGAAGCGGCCCAUGGAGCUGCUGGACCUUGGUGUGGAGAAGGCCACUAAUGUCAUGGUGGCUCACCGAUACAAGCAGCACGAAGGUGUGGCGAACCCAUGCCUGAAGAUGUCAUGUGAGUUCAUGUGCCUGCUGAACCCCAGUGGAGCCAGGUGUGUGUGCCCAGAAGCUAAAGCCCUCAUCAAUGGCACAUGUGUCGACCCCAAUAUCUCAGGAGACCUGUGUCGUCCGGCGUGUGAGAACGGAGGCCGGUGUCUGGCCAAUGAAAAGGGAGGCAUGCGCUGCUACUGCUGGCCUGACUUCUCUGGAGAGCGAUGCGAGGUCAACCACUGCACAGACUACUGUCUCAACGGAGGCACCUGCAUAGGCUCGCCACUGGGGCGGCCAACAUGUCGAUGUGCGAUCGGCUUCACGGGGGUGAACUGCGAGCGGCGCGUGUGUGACAAUCACUGCCUGAACGGCGGCACGUGUGAGGUCAGCUCUGGCAACCAGCCCACCUGCCGCUGCCUAGCCGAGUACACAGGGGACCGCUGUCUCUACCAUAUCUGUCACCACUACUGUGUGCACUCCAAGGCCUGCACCCUGUCCAGCACGGGCCACGUGGAGUGUGUGUGUCCGCUGAGGUACGAGGGUAACAAGUGUGACGUUGACAAGUGUCAGCGGUGUCACGGCGCCCCCUGCAUCAUCGACGCUGACACCGGGGACGUGGCCUGCAACUGUACCACGGGCAGGAUAGCGCCCAGUUGUCAGCUGUGUGACGGCUACUGCUACAACGGCGGCACCUGCCACCUGGACCCCGACACAAACCUGCCCUUCUGCCAAUGCUCUGCCAACUGGUCGGGUACUCAGUGUGAAAGGCCAGCACCCAAGAGCAGCCGCUCAGACAACACCAGCCCAGGCAGCAUAGCGAUCAUCGUGCCUCUGGUUUUGUUGGUGAUUCUCAUCACCACCGUGGUCAUCGGGGUGUUCAUCUGCAAGAGAAGACAAAGGGGCAAGCGCGGCGUGCAGCGGCAGCCGGUGACCAAUGGGGGGCUGAACGUGGAGAUCGGCAACCCAUCCUACAACAUGUACGAGGUGGACCACGACAACCACGUCGACGCCGGGAGCCUGCUCAAGCCCAACUUCACCUUAGAUCCUCACAAGGGCUGGUGUGUUAAAUCCAGUGACCCACGCACCAUGAACAUUCACACACUCCCAGUCAAAGAAGUCAUUCCAGGACAGCCUAUGAACUACUCAAACCCUGUCUACGCGAAGAUUUACCUUGAUGGCCAAAACUGUCGGAAACCAGUCAUCAACAUUGACGAGAGGAGAGAGCUACUCCCAAAGAAACUAGAGGGCGCUAUUCGAGAGACCGCCGCAUAGCCUGACCUUACACUUUCUACUCCUUUUUAUACGUUAUGUAAAAAGUGUAAAAAAAAAAACGAGAGAGAGAGGAAAACGACAAACAAAUGGAAGGGGAUUACAAACAACUUUUUUCUAUUUCGUAUCAGGUUUGGAUAACUCAUUUAGGAUUGUUUUGGACAUCCAUCAGCAUUACCUCCUUGUUCCUCAGUGUUCACAGGCCUGGACUUAAUAUCCGUUUAUUAUUAUGUUCCAUUUUAUGUUUAUUCUGUUUCGUUUAAUGACAUACAUAUACUGCACUAUAUAUAAUGUCGAUAUAAAAAGCUGCUCAUUCGCAAAUUACCUUACUUAUCAAAGUAAACCAUGGAAGGAAAAUUAAGCUGGUCUACUUUUCAUGUUCAGUAUUUUUGUCUUUCGUACUUGUUAAAAAAAUUGCUUUCGCUUUGUGUGACAAUAACUUGCUUUAUGGCUUUCUGUGACUGCAAUUUCUAUGACAAAACUGUUACUUUCAUAACGGCACGUAUUUAACUGUGCUGGGUUGUGUUACUCUGAGAUUUCAAAAUGAAUAUAUUUUUGGUCUCAAAUGUUGGUCAACUGUUGAUUUUUAUUUUUGUUUGUUUAUUUGUUUGUUUGUUUCAUUCACAAGAGUUUUGUUCAAACAAAGGGUGUAUUUACUGUAAAAGCCCUUAAGUACAGCUCAUCUGUGGCAGGUGGAUGACUAUUCCAAGUCAAUGGCUGUAGUGUAAGCCCAUAUAGGCUAGCUCAGCAUACAAGCUAAACUGUAUGGCUUUAUUUCGCUAAUAGCCCAUAGCUAAAGAGGACACCCUUCAUUGAGAGGCUUGUGAGUUACUCUUUGUUAGCUUAGCCACAUCUGACACACUGAGCGAUUUAUUUGUUCAUUCCCACUUUUUCUGGCCCCAGUUGUUUUGAGUAAACAAACAAACAAUCAAAGGCCCUGUUGGUUUUCCUAGAUACUGUCUGGCUUUGUCUUGGAGGGAAAAUGAGAAAAACAAAUGCUGCAAAAAUAUGUUUUGUAUCCAGUCCAAACAUGGGGGGAAUUUUUUAAGCAGUUUCAAUCUAACCCCAUCAAGUCUCAAUUGUUUUUUCAGACAUUGUGCAUCAUACAUUCUCUCUCUCUCUCUCUCUCUCUCUCUCUCUCUCUCUCUCUCUCUCUCUCUCUCUCUCUCUCUCUCUCUCUCUUGUUCUCUCUCUUGUUCUCUCUCUCAUAUCGUUGACUUCAAAACACACUUGCGGUGGAAAGACUGUGCUCACGUCACCUGACCCUUGAUCCCUGACCCCUGACCCUUGAACUCAUAUCAGCUGUGUGCCUACCCAUGAUGGACUUCGCCUAAAUGAGCCCAAGGACUUCAAAGCUACGUAUGUCGACACAACGAGACAUUCAGACUGCUCACAACGACUCCCUCCCUUUUCUUUGAUGCCAAUGGGAGCCGAUAUCCAACCGUACUCUCGACACUUAACAACUUGUGGAUGUGACGUUUCCUGCUUAUGUCUAACGCAGUGUUCUCCCCAUCCAUCCGCCAUGCGCUUACUACAGUAUAAGACGACACGGAAAAGACUUGAUAUGACCAUACUGUUACCAUGGCAAAUUUUAGAGUGUUCUAUAUGAAAAUGUAUACAAAUCACUUUCAUCUGCUAUCCCCCGUGAUGAAGACAGAUGAAGGAAAACAGAUUUUAUAAUUUUGUAUUUGAUUUAUAUGUUGUUUGGCUGCUUGUAUUUUGAAGAACUGUAUUAAAUGUAAGUACUUUUAUAUAAAAAAGUGAAUCAAUAUAAAAUAAAAAGCGUUUUAUUUCCAUUUCA